AUGGCGUCGUCGCUUCGGCCGACGCCGAUGAUGGGGGCGCGCGGUCGACGCGAGACAUUCGCGCGACGCGCGUGGACGCGUGGGACGGGCGCGCGCGCGCGCGCGGGCGUGAGAGGCGCGGAGGCGAGACGGGAGGAGUGCGAGUGCGACGACUUGGUGUCCAUUUUAGAUGUGCUCCCGGAGGACGUGAGAGACGUCGUGGAGAAGCACCCCGAGAGUGAGAGUCUUUUGGAGAUCGUUCUCGAUCUCGGGCGAGCGCCGGAGGCGCGGUUUCUUGGUGAACUCGGUUCAGUGUUCCUUCGCGAGGCGCCAGUGACCGAGGAGGAGCUCAUCGCCGCGUCCGACGCUGUGGGCGAUUUCGGUGGGGAUAACCGAGCGGGGAUCGAGGGGACGUUACAUCGCGUUUCGUGCAUUCGUAACCGCCGGGGAAGGAUCGUUGGCAUGACGUGUCGCGUCGGGAGGGCGGUGACGGGGCACAUCGAUAUGAUCGACGACAUUUUGCCCAGCGGAGAGAGUGUGUUAUUUCUCGGCCGACCCGGGGUCGGAAAGACCACCGUGAUCCGCGAGAUGGCGCGUGUACUCAGUGAUAGGCUCAAGAAACGCGUCGUCAUCAUCGAUACGAGCAACGAAAUCGGCGGUGACGGCGACGUCCCGCACCGCGCCAUCGGAGGCGCUCGACGCAUGCAAGUGCCAGACCCGUCGCAGCAGCAUCGAGUCAUGAUCGAAGCCGUGGAGAAUCACAUGCCAGAGGUAAUUAUCGUCGAUGAAAUCGGCACCGAAGCCGAAGCCUUGGCGUGUCGAACGAUCGCCGAGCGCGGCGUGCAACUCAUUGGCACGGCGCACGGACAGUUGCUCGAGAACUUGAUCAAGAAUCCGACGCUCACCGACCUCGUCGGCGGUGUGCAAACGGUGACGCUGGGCGAUGACGAAGCUAGGGCCCGGGGGUGUCAAAAAUCUAUUCUCGAACGGCAAGGACCCCCGACGUUUCCAAUUCUGAUCGAAAUGCACGAACGAGACAUGUGGGUGGCGCACAACGUCGCCGAGAGCGUGGACGAAGUGCUCUCCGGCGCUCGUCCCGUCGUGCAACUUCGCACGCGGAACGCGCAAACGAAUGAGGUGUCAGUGCAUAGGACGGUGUACGACAUGGAUAUCAGUCUCGGAACGGCCAACAUCAGUCAUACUCUGGGCGCCAUGGGAGGUAUUAUCGCUCCCACCAGCCGCAUUAACAACCGCGGCUCGGAGGACUCUUCACAAGACGACCCGUACGCGUGGGCUCAGAACAUCGGCGCCGUACCAGACAAAGACAUUUUGAGUCCCGAGCUAGCGUCCACGACGUCAUUCCAGUCCAAGAAACGAGGCAAGAAAAUGCGUGCGAACGCAUCCAGAGGUUCUUCUCGAUGA